AUGAAUAUGCUCAUUCAAAUUAUACAACUUUUACUGCUAUGUUCAGGAGCUGAUGGUUGUGAUCCAAGAAAUGCUUUGUCCUUUAUAACUCCAAGUCCAAUGGAGGCUCUGAGUGGCUCCUGUUUGUGGAUCCCAUGCACCUAUAAAGUUUUACCACCAUAUGACAUAAACACUGCAGACCCUGUAACUGGCUUUUGGUUUAAAGGUGUUCUUGCAUAUGAGACAAAUUCACCAAACACAUUUUCAGUCAGUGGAGACUCCAGUAAGUCUUAUCCCAUGAAUAUCGCUGGGAACCUGAAAAACAAAAACUGCACCACAAUGUUUUAUAAUUUAAGCAAAAGCCACAAUGACAAAUAUUACUUCAGAGUAGAGAACAGUGGUUUUAAGGGCACAGCUCGUUGUGACUCUCUUCAAAUAACAGUCAGAGACUCUCCCUGGAGCCCCACAAUAGAAGUCUCUGGUAAACAGACAGAGACAGAGGUGGUGACUAUAACCUGCUCAGCUGUCACUCCCUGUCCACACGCCCCUCCUCAGCUCACAUGGGACCUCCACCAAGGCACUGUCCACAUCACAGAGACCAACGGGACAUUUACCGCUAAAAUCACACAGAACAUCACUCUGACAGACGCCCAUGAUGGACUAAUGAUAAAGUGUAAUGCAGCGUAUCCUGUGAGUGGAGGAUUCAAAAUGGCCGACAGUAACGUGACUCUCAGUGUCUCAUACACCUCAGUGGAGGUCAGUCCGUCCGGUUCACUGUCAGCAGGUCAGUCAGUGACGCUGAGCUGCUCCAGCAGAGCCAAGCCUCCUGUCCACCACUUCACCUGGUUCAGACACAGCUCACAGGGACCAGCCAAUGUCAGCCAGGGACACACGUACAGCUUCAACAUCUGUGAAGGAGGAGACUAUUACUGUGUGGCCUCAAAUACACACGGCAAUGGGACGUCUCCAGACAUUACACUGCAAAUAACUGCUGCUCCUGGGGUCCUGUCCAUAGAAGUCUCUGGUAAACAGACAGAGACAGAGGUGGUGACUAUAACCUGCUCAGCUGUCACUCCCUGUCCACACGACCCUCCUCAGCUCACAUGGGACCUCCACCAAGGCACUGUCCACAUCACAGAGACCAACGGGACAUUUACCACUAAAAUCACACAGAACAUCACUCUGACAGACGCCCAUGAUGGACUAAUGAUAAAGUGUAAUGCAGCGUAUCCUGUGAGUGGAGGAACAACAGAAACAACAGAAUAUACCAUCACUCUCAAUGUUACAUAUGGUCCUAAAGACACCUCAGUGGAGGUCAGUCCGUCCGGUUCACUGUCAGCAGGUCAGUCAGUGACGCUGAGCUGCUCCAGCAGAGCCAAGCCUCCUGUCCACCACUUCACCUGGUUCAGACACAGCUCACAGGGACCAGCCAAUGUCAGCCAGGGACACACGUACAGCUUCAACCUCACUGAAGAGGGACAGUACUAUUGUGUGGCCUCAAAUACACUUGGACAUGAUUCAUCUCCAGCCAUUACACUGAGUAUAACAGAAACAAACAGCUCUUCUGCUGUACCGUGGGAGGCCAUUCUUGGAGCAGGUGUUGGACUCAUAAUAGUCUUUUGUCUGGCUGUGUUUUUUAUGUCUGUCAGAUCAAAAAAAUCACAAACAGGAGCAUUUGUGGAGACUGAUAAGGAAGAGGAAGAAGUGCAUUAUGGGGAAAUAGACUUUUCUAAUUUGAGCCCUAAAGACGUCGCAGAACAAGAGGAGACCGUGUACUCCCAGGUCCAAGUAUCAAAAGAAAAUGCCACCGCACAAGUCCCUGGUUUAGAUGAACUCUAUGCAAAUGUAAAGAAGAAGUGA